AUGGAUAAGAGGAUAGGCGUGGCUAGUUCACAGGAGGAUUUGCAGGGCUGUGCAACACUGGACACUAUCCACUCGCCUAGACUUUUCGUGGAUAUCAGCGAAUCACUUCAAUCUGCUAGCACCUGCAGUACAAGCCAGCGGAAAGGAGAAGCCAUGAAAGAAGCUGUACAACAUCCAGGAGAGGUGUACUACAAUGUGGGAAGCGCUGCGUUAGAGCAGGCGCAUGAUAACAAUGGAUCCAGAGUCCCUUCCAACGCAGAGGCCCAGGGCACUGCUGUUUUCAACCCAGAGAAAGGGCACCCAGGCCGGGGACAUUUCUCGCAGGGUGGCCCUAUGAAAUGGCUGCACCAGGACGCUGUGCAGGCCCCGGGCUGGUCUCAGGCUGUUCCUAACAUGUCUGGCUGGGGCCAGAACUUUAGCCCUUAUCUGGCGGGCAUGAGCGAGGCUCGGGGGCAGAUGGUGUACCCCAAGCCGAACCACGAUGGCGACGGGCUGCCACUAGAGAAGCCGCCUCAAAGCUCCAAUGAGGCCUUCAAGGAGGCCCAGGCUCAGGCCCAAGCCCAGGCCCAGUCGAGAGGCCUGGAGUGGGAUCAGCGUGCGACAACUGCCGCCAUGCGUCACGCCCAACUCCAGGCCUUCCAGCAGGGUCACAAGCCUAGCGAGCUGCCGUCCCAGCCGCACACCAUCCGUCCCGGCAUGCAGGGCUCCAUGCUGCAGCCGUUCCAGCUGGCUUUCGGUGCCACCAAGCAGCCCGUGCCCUCGACGUACUACCAGGUCUUCCCAGGAAACAACGCCGUGCCCGGUAUGCCGUACAGCGAGCAGCCCAAAUCCCAGCACCAGUUGCUGCAGUUGCAGCAGCAGAUGCAGCAACAACAGCAGCAGCAGCAUCAGCACCGUCAGCUCCAACAGCAGCAGCAGCAGCAGCAGCAUCACCAAAUGCAGCAUCACCAGCAACAACAGGCAAGACAUCAGCAGCAGCAUCAAAUGCAGCAGCAUCAUAUGCAACAGCAGCAACAAAUGCACCAAAUAUAUCAGCAGCAACAGCUGCAUGAACAGCUGCAACAAAUGCAUCACUUGCAACAGCAUCAAAAACAACAGCAACAACAACCAGUUCAUUUACAGACAUCGCCUCAGCCAAACCCGUCCCAGCAGGAGACUAUACAGGCCCAGCCACAUUCUCAGCCUCAGCCUCAGCCUCAGCCCCAGCCCCAGCAGCUAGACCCUCACCCUCCUCCCUACCAAUCCGACAGCCAGCCCUCCAGUGCCAGUCCACCGCCCCCCCAGCUGCACCAGCCCCAAACCCUGGAGCCCAGACUUGAAGAGCCUCUGUCAGAUCCACCUGCCAUUCCGGAGCUGAGCGCCCCUUCCAAGCCUGCCCCGGAAACCCAGGAGCUGCCACUUCUCCCCCGUCGCUCCAGACGGCUGUCCAAAGAUGGGCUCUCGCCCACAGCAGCAGCGCCAUCCUCCGUGCCCUGGAACCAGGCCAGCAGGGACCCCUCAGGAGCCCACAACAGAGGGGAGGGCAUCCAGGGGCUGACUGGAGGGGUAAUCCAGAGCACCCGGAGACGCAGGGCCUCCAAGGAGAUCAACUUGGAGACGCUGGCCCAGAAGGCGUCGGAGAUGGAGUCACUUCCUGCAAAAAUUAUCAAGUCGGAUGAAGGUGCUCCAGGCAGGCAGGGUGUGGGAGGGGGCAUGGUGCCGCUGGUCAUCCCAGUCUCGGUGCCUGUCCAUCAGGAUCCUGCUCAGGGGGAGACGGGGUCCGGGUGGUCCCACGGUCGGGCACAAGAGACGGCAGGGCACCACUACCCCACCAAACACACACCCUCUGUCAUUGUGGCUCGGCGGCGGUCACUGAAGAACCCAGCGCCUGGCGGCCUCGGGCAGGACGAGGCGAAGGAUGACGACGGGCCCAAGUCGAAGCGGCGCCCGCGGCCCGAGCCGCUCUUCAUCCCGCCGCCCAAAGUUAGCAACUUCAUCGUGCCGUCCGUCUACUCCAGCAUCACGCCCUACCAGAGCCACCUGCGCUCUCCCGUGCGCCUGCCCGAUCACCCGCUGGCGAUGCCGCCCUACACGCCGCCGCCCAUCCUGUCACCGGUGCGAGAGGGCUCCGGCCUCUACUUCUCCACCUUCCUCUCCUCUAUGGCAGCCGGCUCGCAAGUGCUCCCGCCGCCCGCCACGCCCAAGUCGGCCACUCGCAGCCUCCUGCGCUCCGGCAGUUCAGACAUCACCCCCCCUGUGCUCCCCCCAUUCGGAGAGGCCACACCUGUCAGCCUAGAGCCGCGCAUCAAUAUUGGCCUUAAGUAUCAGGCAGAGAUUCCGGAAAUGCAGGAUCGCUCCAGGGCCCAGCAGGACCCGCACAAGGCCAAUCUGCUGUGGGCCCCACUCCAGGUAUCCCCAUCCAGCCGGGACCAAGACGAACGAGUGGACGACCUAAUGAGCUUGGCCUGCUCCAGCGUGCUGACAGGAGGAGGGACCAAUCAGGAGCUGGCACUGCACUGCCUGCAUGAGUGUCGGGGUGAUGUCAUGGAAACACUUGCCAUGCUGUUGCUGAAGUGCCCCAUGUUUCCUGAAAGCCAUCCGUUAGCAGACUACCACUACUCAGGCUCAGGUAGCUGGAGUCAGGAGGAGAAGCGCUACUUCAAUAAGGGCAUUUCAGCCUACAGGAAGGACUUCUUCAUGGUGCAGAAAGUGGUGCGGACGAAAACGGUGGCCCAAUGUGUAGAGUUCUACUACACCUACAAGAAGCAGGUGAAAAUCACUCGUAGCGGAGUUCUCACAUAUGGCCCCCCAGACCCUGAGGAACGUAACGCAGAGAACAUCCCCAGAUGUCAUGCUGCCGAGGAAGCUCAGGACAGCAAGACCUGGCAUGAGUCACAUGAGCGGACAGGAGAGUCGGGGCAACAUAAAGGGACUCAGAACCUCCAUAACUACGUCAACACAGGGGCGGAGUCUGUGAUAAAGUUGGAGAGGGAUGACAGGCAGAGGGAGGAGGGGCCUCCAUUAGCACCACCCCCUCAGGCUCCACCCAGCAGUGUGCCCCGGAAGCCUCGCUCGGAACCUGCAGGGAAGAAGAGUAAACCGCCUGCAAAGCCUUCGCAGGAACCAGAGGGAGAGUUCCCCUGCAAAAAAUGUGGCAGGAUCUUUCAUAAGGUGAAGAGCCGCAGUGCCCACAUGAAAAGCCACUCUGAGCAGGAGAAGAAGGCCGCAGCCCUGCGCCUACGCGAGGAAGAGGAGCGUGCCACCGCCGCAGCAGCGUUGGCAGCGGCAGAGUUGGCCCGGAAACGGGCAGGAGAGGCAGCGGCCGCGGUAGCGGCGGCACAGAACGGAAGAGGGGAGGAAGAUGAGGCUGAGGACGACGAGGAGAAAGGGGAGAGGAGAGGAAGGAGGAGGGAGCAGGUGGACAACAGCAGCGCCGGCGAGUCGUCAGAGACGGCAGAGGAUGAGAAUGAUGAAGACUGGCAAUGAGGGAGGAAGAGGGAUGAGAAGGAGAAGAGACAGGGGGACGCACACAGAGAGGAUACAAACAAAUUUAUACAGAGGAAGCAAAGGACAGAGUAAGACAGCCAGACCUUCACUGAUAUUCCCUCUCCCCCCAUCUCUCUGCCUUUUAAAACUGCCCAUGAGCACUGACUUGGACUCCAGGAGGGGGUUGGUGAAACUCACUUGCCCAUAAGGCCCUACCCAACAAGGGCUCCUAGGACUGGGGAUACAUCGGUCACUCCUGUUCGCCUUUGAAGCCCAAUUGUAGACCAUCUUUGCCUUUCAGUCUGUAGCCUUCAUAUCACUGAACAGAAAGUCAUAUCAAACGAGACAAGAAAAAUCAAGGACUUUUGUACUCCGACAGUACUAGCCACCAAACUGGGUGCCUUGUCUAUUUUAUAUGUAUGUUUUUUUUAUUUUACUAGACAAUCUUUAUUUGGUAUCGUUUCUGUUUUUUGUUUGUCCGCACUCCAUAGGAUUCAAACAAACGGGUUAAGCUGACUUUCUGCAGUUCACAUGUUUAAUUUGAGGAGUCACCAUAUAUAGCACGUCUGUUUACACACGUCCAGAUACUCUACACAUUGUCAUGUAGAGUACUUUGGAGGCCGGUUGAGAUCUGCUUUCAGUCUUCCUGUUGUUUUGCGUUGUUUGGUGGUUAUUUUUUUUGUGUUUUUUGUUUGUUUGUUGUUGCUGUUGUUGUUUGAUGAGGUAAGGGCCUCAGCAUGUUUCCUUCGUCCAAACGAGACUGCCAAAGUUGUUCUGAUAUCUAGGGGCACUUGAGUUUGUUCAUUUAACUGUUCACUGUUAUUAACAGAUGAAAUGAUGCAAUGAAUUUUAGCUCGUUAGAGAGUUAAGGAAGAAUGUGCUGGUACUGAAAGUGUUCACGUGUGUGUGUGUGUUUGUGUGUUUGCAUGUCCUCAGGAACAUAACCAUGUCCGAUAUCGUCAAAGCAACUGUUGAGUGUUUUUCGUUUUUUAUUCUUUGUUUGAACUUAAAAAAAAAAAAAAAAGAACACCAACUUUUUGUGCACAUUGUUAGAUUCAUACUUAACGAUUUUUAAACUCUAAAAAAUAUAUAUACUUAUUCUAUAUGAUUAAGGGACCUUGAAAUGAAUGUGUUUUUGACUAUGAAUUGUAUAUAUGGUGUAAAUUGAUAUAUUUUAACAUCCUCUAUAUUGUCAGAGGGCGUUUGAUCAAAUUGAUUUUUUUUUUUCUGUUUCUUUUUUUUUUAAGAAAACAAAUGCUAUUAAUCGCUUGUAUAAUCAACAAAGAACUGCUACUUGGAUAGUGUUGUGCAUUUUGAUUAAAAGUCAUUAUCUA